CCACCGCCACCGCCACCGCCACCGGCUGAGCCUGCAGUCCUCGAGGAGAUCCCAGCCAUCAUGUCUAUAGAGAAGAUCUGGGCCCGAGAGAUCUUGGACUCCCGUGGGAAUCCCACCGUGGAAGUGGAUCUCUAUACUGCCAAAGGUCUUUUCCGGGCUGCAGUCCCUAGUGGGGCAUCCACUGGCAUCUAUGAAGCCCUGGAGCUAAGGGAUGGGGACAAACAGCGUUACUUGGGCAAAGGUGUCCUGAAGGCAGUGGACCACAUCAACAGUACCAUUGCACCAGCCCUCAUCAGCUCAGGUCUCUCCGUGGUGGAGCAGGAGAAACUGGACAACCUGAUGCUGGAGUUGGAUGGGACCGAGAACAAAUCCAAGUUUGGGGCCAAUGCCAUCCUGGGUGUGUCCCUGGCCGUGUGUAAGGCUGGAGCAGCUGAGAGGGACUUGCCCCUCUACCGCCACAUUGCUCAACUGGCUGGGAACUCCGACCUCAUCCUGCCUGUGCCGGCCUUUAAUGUGAUCAACGGUGGCUCUCACGCUGGGAACAAGUUGGCCAUGCAGGAGUUCAUGAUCCUCCCGGUGGGUGCUGAGAGCUUUCGGGACGCCAUGCGACUUGGGGCUGAGGUGUACCACACACUCAAGGGGGUCAUCAAGGACAAGUACGGCAAGGACGCCACCAACGUGGGGGACGAAGGCGGCUUUGCCCCCAAUAUCCUGGAGAACAGUGAAGCCUUGGAGCUGGUGAAGGAAGCCAUUGACAAGGCUGGCUACACAGAAAAGAUCGUGAUUGGCAUGGAUGUGGCUGCCUCUGAGUUCUAUCGCGAUGGCAAAUACGACUUGGAUUUCAAGUCUCCCGCUGAUCCUUCUCGAUACAUCACUGGGGACCAGCUGGGGGCACUCUACCAGGACUUCGUGCGGAACUAUCCUGUGGUCUCCAUUGAAGACCCAUUUGACCAGGAUGAUUGGGCAGCUUGGUCCAAGUUCACAGCCAAUGUCAGCACCCAGAUAGUGGGCGACGAUCUGACAGUGACCAACCCAAAGCGCAUCGAGCGGGCAGUGGAGGAAAAGGCCUGCAACUGUUUGCUGCUCAAAGUCAAUCAGAUCGGCUCAGUCACGGAAGCCAUCCAAGCGUGCAAGCUGGCCCAGGAGAAUGGCUGGGGGGUGAUGGUGAGUCAUCGCUCUGGAGAAACAGAGGACACAUUCAUUGCUGACCUGGUGGUGGGACUGUGCACAGGCCAGAUCAAGACUGGUGCCCCAUGCAGAUCUGAACGUCUGGCGAAGUACAACCAGCUCAUGAGGAUUGAAGAGGAGUUAGGGGAUGAGGCUCGCUUCGCCGGACAUAAUUUCCGAAAUCCCAGUGUGCUGUGAUCCCUCUGUUUGCCUGAAGACUGGAACCUCCGCCUCAUCCUCUUGGAGCCUCCUUCCUGCUGUCCUGACCUGCCAUAGUUCACCCCGAUACCUUCAGCCCAGACUCAUCCAGAACACCUCGAUGCACCUCCGCCAGCUGUUCUUGGCUUCUACAACCCCCUUGCUGUCUCUGCUCUUCCUCUUCUCUGGGGCCCCAUUU